AUGGAUCAAUUAAAGAACGGUGUAUUUGGGAAGUUUUUAGAGUUGAAUGAAGUGGGUCACUCUGGGAAGUUGACUCAUUGUAUGUUGCUUUCUCAAGUUUUUUACAAGGAUAAAAGCAAAAUGGUUUUUAAAGUUUUUGGGAACGACGUAGCAUUUACAGAAGAUGAUUUCCAUAAUAUUACCGGGUAUAGAGUGAACCGUUUGAAGGAAUGGUAUUUCUCUGAUGUGAAAAAGGGUUUGAAGGUAGAUAAUUUGUAUAAAUUUAUGCAAAAGCGUUCUCGACUCCGUGCUGGUGCAGCAGAUGAUGUAUGUGUUGAUGUCGAGGUCUGCGAUGAAGAUGCAUUAAAGCUUGCUGAGAUUUAUCUAUUAGAAGCUGUUCUUUUGGAUAAAGAUCAUAGUAGAAAUAUAAGUGAUCGUUCUAUGAAAAUCAUAGACGAUGCAGAACUUUGUGCUUCUUUUCCAUGGGGCAGUUUCUGUUUUGAUGAGCUUAUUUAUAAUUUGUCUCAUCUUCUAACAAGUGAGUCAGUGAAAAAGAAACCAAUUGGUAGGAUCGCAUCUUAUAUGGCGCUUGGAUUCCCAUUUUUGUUUAAUAGGGUAUCUGCCAAAGUUGAAGACAUCAUACGUGCAGAUCAUGUUAAUUUUAAGAUAAAGAUGAAGAAAAAUAUGAAAGCUAUUCGAAAAAAGAUGAAGAAACAUGUUAAAACCUCUGUUAAGGUUAUUAAUGACAAGCUUGAUAUUGUUGUAGAUAUUCAAAAUGUUAAAUAA